AUAUUUUAUUAUUGCGAUGGAUUUGGGGGUUUUUACUAAUAAAGGAAUCAUUCAUUAUUUGACGGUGUUGUUGUUGAAGACUGUGAAGAAGAAGACUUGAAAAAGAUAGAGAUAGAGAUAGAGAUAGAGAAAGAAGAGAGAUUGCAAAAACAUGAUUAAGAAGACUCAUUGAACAAGAAACCCUAAUUGUUGGUUAGGAUUAUGUUCUUCGGAUACGAUUCAUUGCCGGGAUGCAGUCAAAAUAGGUUAAAUUCUUUCAGUGGUUUCUCGGAGGGACACAUAAGCGACUACACUUUCAGGGGUAGUAGAUAUGCUACCGACAGGAUCGAAAGAAACCCAACUCCAUGACAGCCACAGCCAGAAAGUUCAUCCUCAACCCAUGGAAGAAACCAUGAAUCAGAACCCAGAACUAACAGAAGCGCUGAUAGCUAAACUUUUCACUAACAUUUCCUCUCUGAAAUCAGCCUACAUCCAGCUUCAAGCUGCACACACUCCUUAUGACGCUGACAAGAUUGAAGCUGCCGAUAAACUAGUCAUUUCGGAGCUAAAGAACCUCUCUGAACUUAAGCAUACUUACAGAGACAAUAACCCCAAGCCCGUUUCAGUUUCUCCUCAAGAUUCUCGUCUAGUCGCAGAAAUCCAAGAACAACAAAGCUUGUUGAAGACGUAUGAGGUUAUGGUGAAGAAAUUCCAGUCUCAGAUUCAGACUAAAGACUCUGAGAUUCACCAGUUGCAACAGCGGAUCCAGGAAGCAAACCAGAAGCGGGUGAAAUUGGAAAGGAAACUCAAGUUCAGAGGUGUAUCGGCCAAAGAAUCAGAAGACUUGGAAGACGGAAACGGAUUCUUCUCUGUGGAUUUGACCCCAGAUCUUUUUACAUCUUUAGUAGAAUCUGCUUUUAACGCUAUCCAUGAUUUCGCUAAACCGUUGAUCAACAUGAUGAAAGCUGCAGGCUGGGAUCUGGAUGCAGCAGCUCAUUCGAUUGAACCCACAGUCAUUUAUGCAAAGAGGGCUCAUAAGAAAUAUGCAUUUGAAUCCCACAUCUGUCAAAGAAUGUUCAGUGGGUUUCAGGAAGAGAGCUUCUCAGUUAAACAUGAUGACGUUACGAUCUCUAAAGAGAGUUUCUUCAAUCAGUUCCUUGCCAUGAGAAAAACGGAUCCCUUGGACAUCUUGAGCCAAAAUCCAGACUCUAUUUUUGGGAAAUUCUGCAGAAGCAAGUACUUGGCUGUUUUCCCCCUAAAGAUGGAGGCGUCGUUCUUCGGGAAUUUGGAUCAACGGAACUAUGUUUUGAGUGGUGGACAUCCUAGAACACCAUUCUAUGAAGCAUUUCUGAAACUGGCAAAGUCGAUCUGGCUUUUACACCGUAUGGCUUACUCGUUCGAUCCUAAAGCAAGAAUUUUUCAAGUCAAGAGAGGAAGCGACUUCUCCGAAGUUUACAUGGAAAGUGUGGUGAAGAACAUUUUGAUGGACGAGAAUGAUGAGAAUCCAAAAGUUGGACUCAUGGUUAUGCCUGGUUUCUAUAUAGGAGGAAGUGUGAUCCAGUCCCGUGUUUACCUCUCCGGAGUUAAAUGCGCUGAUUAGUCUUGGUGGUAUACUGGUAAUAUAUAUUUUCGUGUGUUUAUUUUAUGUGCUAGUUUGGUCUCCCUUGUAUAAAAAGGUUGCAGUUGUGAUUUAUGUGCUGGGCAGGCAAGUUUUAUUCAAGAAUUUUCAGUAGUUGUCAGGUCAAACCUGAAUUUAAGGUCUGAAUGACUGUAAUCGAGGAUUUAUUAUAGUUGUGGAAUAUAAGGAUAAAUUAGUAAAAGUCGGAAGGAAAUUCAAAUGUACUUGUAUUAUUCACUCAGAUAUUAGAUUCAACUCAUAGUUGUAACUUGUAAGCCCUAGAAUUCAGUUAUUGGUGUGUGAACUUUGCUUUAGUGUUCAAUUUAAUUU